CGCUCCCGCCCGCCGCGGCCAGGAGGGGUCCGCGGGGCGGGGAAGGGAGCAAUGGGGAGCCCCGCGGCCAGUGUGCCUGUUCCCGCGUGCAGCCCCGGGCCCUCACGGGUGACUUGGGCAGCUGCCGAGGGUCCUUUUAACAGCCAGCCCCCCCAAAGGGAAGCGACCGAAGAGUAAGGAGGGGUGAGGACUGGGGUGCAGGAUUUGAGGGGCGGGGACAGACGGCGUUUGGAGAGCUUUUUCCAGAAACUAUCCGGAACUCAGCUCGGUUUCUGAGACCGCCCUAAGGGAUUUCUCAGAGAAGGCGCCCCAGCAAUUGCUUUUCUUGCCGACUUGCUUUUCCUCCCGCGGCGCGGAGACCCACGUACCGCGUGCUCCGAAGGCGGCCACACACCCCAGCACCCAGGCUUGGUGUCGCCCUCCCGUCUGUCCUCCCGGGGGCGGGGGUGGAGCGGCCCCAGCCCCUGCUUUCUGGGGCGCGGGUCCUAAAAGGGCGCCUUCGUGUAGCGCGUCUGGACCACCCCCCCCGUGACGCUUCCUGUAGAGUGGGUGAAAGCGGGGAGAAUCGCUCUGCCACUGGCAAGAACAGAAUUUUCCCGUAGCCUUCGUCUGCGUCCUCCUUUUCAUUAUGUCUUGAUUUCCCCGAUGCACCCCAGAGCCGGCUGCAGCUCUGGCUCUCGGAGCUCGAAAAGCCCUUUAAAGGCUCCUCAGAGCGAAUUGCCCUGCGCUCCGGUCGAUGCCCAGGGAGUGGGUUCCGUUGGCAGGGAUUAUUUUAAACUGCUGCCAUCAAUUCACACGACACCCGACACCGGCAGCCCAGCCCGCGCCGUGCCCGCCAGAGGCGAAACAGAUUACGUCUACUUUGAGAACUCCUCCAGUAACCCGUACCUAAUCAGAAGGAUAGAAGAACUCAACAAGACUGCAACUGGCAACGUGGAAGCAAAAGUAGUGUGCUUUUAUAGACGACGAGAUAUUUCCAACACGCUUAUAAUGCUUGCAGACAAGCAUGCUAAAGAAAUUGAGGAAGAAUCGGAAACAACAAUUGAGGCAGACUUGACUGAUAAACAGAAGCAUCAGCUGAAACAUAGGGAGCUCUUUUUGUCGCGCCAGUAUGAAUCUCUGCCCGCAACUCAUAUCAGGGGAAAAUGCAGUGUUGCCCUUCUGAAUGAGACAGAGUCAGUAUUGUCAUAUCUUGAUAAAGAGGACACCUUUUUCUACUCAUUGGUCUAUGACCCUUCAGUGAAAACACUGUUAGCUGACAAAGGUGAAAUCAGAGUGGGGCCUAGAUAUCAAGCAGACAUUCCAGAGAUGCUCUUAGAAGGAGAAUCAGAUGAGAGGGAACAGUCCAAAUUGGAAGUUAAAGUUUGGGAUCCAAAUAGCCCACUUACAGAUCGACAGAUUGACCAGUUUUUAGUUGUAGCACGUGCUGUGGGGACAUUCGCUCGAGCCCUUGAUUGCAGCAGCUCAGUGAGGCAGCCGAGUCUACAUAUGAGUGCAGCUGCAGCGUCUCGGGAUAUCACCCUGUUUCAUGCUAUGGAUACGUUGUAUCGGCACAGCUAUGAUUUGAGCAGUGCAAUAAGUGUCUUAGUACCACUUGGAGGACCUGUUUUAUGCAGAGAUGAAAUGGAAGAGUGGUCAGCCUCUGAAGCUAGUUUAUUUGAAGAGGCACUGGAAAAAUACGGCAAAGACUUCAAUGACAUACGUCAAGACUUCCUCCCUUGGAAAUCAUUGACUAGCAUCAUUGAAUAUUAUUACAUGUGGAAAACUACUGACAGAUACGUGCAGCAGAAACGUCUAAAAGCAGCGGAAGCCGAGAGUAAACUGAAACAAGUAUAUAUCCCAACUUACAGCAAACCAAAUCCCAACCAAAUAUCUGCCAGCAAUGGCAAACCUGGUGCUGUGAAUGGAGCCGUGGGGACCACAUUCCAGCCACAGAAUCCCCUCGUAGGGCGAGCCUGUGAGAGCUGCUAUGCUACACAAUCUCAUCAGUGGUAUUCUUGGGGUCCACCUAAUAUGCAGUGUAGAUUGUGUGCAACCUGUUGGCUCUAUUGGAAAAAAUAUGGAGGCCUGAAAAUGCCCACCCAAUCAGAAGAAGAGAAAUUAUCUCCCAGCCCAACUACAGAGGACCCCCGUGUUAGGAGUCACAUGUCUCGCCAGGCCAUGCAAGGGAUGCCAGUCCGAAACACGGGGAGCCCAAAGUCUGCAGUGAAGACCCGCCAAGCUUUCUUCCUUCACACUACAUAUUUCACAAAAUUUGCUCGUCAGGUCUGCAAAAAUACCCUCCGGCUGCGGCAGGCAGCAAGACGGCCGUUUGUUCCUAUUAAUUAUGCUGCCAUUAGGGCAGAAUAUGCAGACAGACAUGCCGAGCUAUCUGGAAGUCCACUGAAAAGCAAAAGCACUAGGAAACCUUUGGCAUGUAUCAUUGGGUAUUUAGAGAUCCAUCCUUCGAAGAAACCUAAUGUAAUUCGAUCUACACCAAGCCUGCAAACCCCCACUACCAAGCGGAUGCUAACCACCCCGAAUCACACGUCUCUGAGCAUUUUGGGGAAAAGAAACUACAGUCAUCACAAUGGCCUGGAUGAACUCACAUGCUGCGUGUCGGACUGAGCUAUCUCUAUUUCAUACUAUAAGCCAAGACUCGCUACACUGUCCUGCUGAUGUUCACAGUCGUGCCUGGGAAGGAGGCAGCCCCAUUUCCAGCACAUUUCAGUGGGAGACCUUCACAUGUGCCCCCUGGAGACUCAGUGGGGCAGGGGAAGAAACUGUUAGGAGUGCACGGCGCCAAAGUCGCGUCUCCAUGUGUGAAUCAGUGUCACCUCGCUUUUCUCUCAGAGACCUCACUGUCCCACAGCGGGACCUGCCUGAAAAUUGAGGGGACGAGGGAGCCCCUCAGCCUCCUCCUUCUCCAGCACUCCGCUCCCAGGCACUGCGGCUCUUUCAGCAGCAGAGCUGCUGGGAGCUCAGAGCUGCUGCUGCCCUGCAUGUGUCCGCUCAGCCCUGUUGUUGGCGCCCUGAUGGUCUGCAGGAGGGACAUGGCAGCUUUCUGAAUGGAUUUUUCUCAAGGAAAGUGCCAGUGUAUGCAGUUCAUGAUAUUCCCCUAUCCUUGCCAUUACUGUCACUUGGCUUUUUCUCAAUAGGCUUCAUCUUUAUUUUUUUCUAAUGGGGAAGUUUUGCUCUCACCCCUGCAUCCUAUAUUUGACUCCCCCUCCUCUACCCCUCCUAGAUACAGAAUUAUGAGAUUCUGACAAAAAAUAAGAAAAUCUUCUUCGGUAAGCCUGUGAACUCUUCAUAUCAUCUGUAUUUUAUUGUUGGAGAGAAGCUGGUGUCCUACUUGGUUCUGCCUGGUCCCAGACAGCUCCAGCAAAAGCAGGUGUUAAAACGGAGCUGAGCGUGUGUAUCACCGUGACUAGCCAUUCGCGGACUGCCCUAUUCCCUGACAGCCAAGCCAGCCGCCGAGCAACUGCGGCCAGGUUAGUCCUUCGACAAGUCACAAACCCCCCAGGUUUAUUUUAAGCAGACAGAAUCUGUUUGGCCUAGGAGGGUGAAAUGAGAGAAGUGUGUUUGCAGGUGAGUGUGCAUAUAUGACACCACGAGCCCCCCCCACCCUUCCAGCCCAGACAUUUCUAUGAACACACGUGCCUAGGCCCCGGGAGAUGUGCCUAUGACCCAGUUUUCACUGGCUUGGGCUCUUCCUGUCUGCGCUCAGCACCAGCCCUUGCUGGCCCCACGGGCUGGCCAUUCUGCAGCUCUAUGCACACAGCUGCAGGGGUAGGAAUAACUUAGUGUCCCACAGCUCCCCAAGCAGAUAUGAGUCUGGCCACUCCCCUAUCCUCCAUUUGCAGGGACAGUCUGCAGGGCACAGGCUCACAGCACCGUGAAAGAAAACUGGAGUCUCUGGCCUUUGAGCUGUCCCUGGGGUCUGCAGCUGGAUGGCCAAACAACCAGGUGGUUGCAGGACAGAAUGACUACAAUUGAGCUGACACUCCCCUGCCCCCCAAGCAGAGUGAGGUAUCAUUAAAAUCACGAUGACACCGGAGAUGGCCAGAUCCUCAGAGGCUGGGUUCAGCUCAGCAAAGAGAACGUGAUGGAUGAUGGCUGACGGCAAUGCCCAGAGCUCGAGCUGCCUUUUCUCUCUCCAGUUUGCAGCCAGCGAGGCUUCUCUUCUAAGGCAUUGCUUCUCAUCUUUGGCUUUUGCCAGGGUGACCUGGGGAUGUUCUCACCAAUGCCAAUUCUUGGAGCUGUUCUGGGUCUUGGCUUGUGUUAGAGGUGCCCAGUGAGUGGGGCAGAGGUGACAGGCAUUGCCCUCAGGGUUCCCCAGAGAAUAGCCCCCUCUGAAAAGACCUAGGGAGACAAGGCAGCUGGCUCUCUGCAUCACAUGCCACAUGGUGUGUUCUCUCUAAAGAAAGACACGAGAAAGCUGUCUCAGUGCCCUGCCCUGGACUUACUGUCACUCAUGGACACAGGAGGCGCGAUGGCUCCCUGGCCCUUUCACGCUCCUCUCCUGACCCAUGUGAAAUGUGACUGUUGAUUGGAGAGCAGUCCACUUCUGUGACUCUGCUGCCAAGCUUCACUCUCUCUGCCUCUUGGGAGAGGCCCUCCUCAUCCAGGCCCAGGAGAUUCGGAGACUGAGGCCAAGCCCGGUCUGCAGGGAGAACAGGGAGUCUCCCACCCUAGUUGUAGUUCACAUUUAGCUUUGGUAAAAGCGCAGCUCGUUUCGAGCCACAUGUACCAAGAAAGCCGUUCCUUCACCUUGUAGUAAGAACUCCUGGUUCUGCAGCCUCAUCCUCCUACAGAGAGGAUGUUGACUAAGAUCUUUAUGUUCCCACUUCAUCUCUGGAAAGUUCCCCAGCAUUCUGAUUAAACAUUCAAGGGAAUAGAGAAACGACACCAAGGAGCCUCUGACAUUGGCCUUGGCCGUUCUGAGCAGUUGGUCCUGAGAGGGUUUCCCGGCCACCCCCUUCCUGGGGCCACAGUGUCUCCAUUGUGUGUGUUGGGGGCAUGUCACCACGGUGCAGCGAGCUUGUGGGGUAGACAGGCAGGUCUGUCUGCACGGCCCACGGCAGAUGUGCCCGGUGGCACUGUGCUGAGCCUGGUCUGUGCUCCCUUGGAUGAGGACAUGGAAGCUCACAAGCCAUCUUCCCAUUCUGCGUCACCACCUGCCCACCCCCAGAGAUGGUGCAAAAGAGGAGAGACUGGUUUUUAGCCCACCACUCACAACUCUACUUUGCCCACAGCCCGGUUUCUAUCAGUCAGUAUCCAACCAGGGACACAGAAGCCACUCCAAAUAUUUAUUUAUUUAUUUAUUUAUUUGAUUUAUUUUAUUUAUUUAUUUAUUUUGCCACUCCAAAUAUUUAAAACAGGGGUUUUAAUCCAGAGAAUUACUGAACACAGAAACAAGAAGAGGACAAACUCAGAAGUGGGGAACAACAGCAGGAAAUAGCCACCCCCCAGAGGCUGGUGGAGGCCACUUUACCAGAGCGUGGGGACUCGGGCCACUGGGAGGAACUGGGGACCACAGAAGGCCUAUCUGGUGGGAGCUGGGGCCUCGAGGAGGCACGGUCACUGCUGGAAACAAACCCCCAGGCAGGUGUGGGGAGAAAUAGCCUGGCUUCUCCUUUUCUCGUGCCCUGCAGGUUCUUCAGGUGCCUCUUGUUAGUUAAACCCAGCUGGAAGCCAGCUGACCUGGGGUCCUGGGACAAGCACGCUGCGGCGGUCAGCCCCCACCACUCAGAGCAGGGUGGGGGAGGUAGAGGAGCGGGUCUGAGGCAGGCAGGCUGCGAUGUGCGUGGCCUCGGUCUGCCCUGUGUCAUGUCCAGCCUGCUGUUUAUGCCCCAUGCUAUCCUUAGACCCCGGUGAGAGUAGACGCAGGAGCUGACCCCGUGGGGGUUUUGAAGACUCACUCACGUAGAGAGGAAAAUGUUUUUGGAAGGGAGGGGUAAAGCCUUUAUUCUCCACGGUUGUCCUUGUUUUCCUUUGGGGGAAUUCACCCGUUUAGCAACCCCACCUCACCAUUCCCCUCAGGAAAGCCAUGUCCCAGUUUUCUGCCCAUCCUUCCCCUUCGUUCCUCUGCCCCCAAUUUCUGACUUGCCCUGCCAGAGAACACUAGCCCAGACCAUGCAUCAGUGGUCAUGAGUGUUUCCCCAGGAUGAUUCAUUCAGAGCGUGAUAUUAGUGUGGACUGUCUGUCUGUAAGUAGAUACCAUCUACUAAUCAAUUUGUAUUGUGUUUCCAAUAAAU